CUUGGACGUCCAUACAGUCGAGUAAAUUUGUACAUUUGCAAAAUGCUUGAUUUUGAAGUAGCCAAUGAUUUGACUGAAGACCUCAAGGAAACGGUUGUUCCAGAUACUGCUGAUGUUUUUGAAGAUAAUUCUGUGCAAGAAAAUUCUUCACAAAUUAUAUGUGAACUGGGAAAUUCUCAACAAGUCAAUGCAACACCAGAUAAUUUUGUGGAAGUUAAUCAUGCUCAUACCAAUGCUGUUCCAGCUAGUCUUGCAAAAGCUAGUCUAGUGGAGGCCAGCCAUGUUCAAACAAAUCCUGUUCCAAGCAAUGUUGUUAAUGUUGAUAAUAGUUGUGUGGAAGCUGUUUCCUUUCAGGUUGAUUCAUUUUCAGUUGAGCAAAUCAUUAUGGAACCAGGUGAAAUGCCUGCUCAAAUUUUUCAGGAUGCAGAUGUAACUGAAUCCCUACUAGAUAUUAUUGAACCAGAGCCAAAUCUUGUACAACCAGCUCAAGUUAAUUUACCCGAGGAACAAUUGCAUGUGCUAGAUCUGCUAAUCCAUCGCACAACCCUUUGA